AUGAAUACUGUCUCUCUCAUUGCUAGUCGGCUUUCUGUAGACCAGCAAAAGUCCAUUGCUUCAAAUCUUGUCGAUAGCUUUACCAAAGAUGAUUCCUUGGACGCUUCAGCUGAGUCUGCUUAUAUCACCACUUUCUGCGACUUGGUGAAAAUAAUUCCUCAGAUAAGGUCUGAUUAUUACCACCCAAUUUUGAAGUAUUGUCUUACAAGACUUGAAAAAGAUUCUUUUCAUCAAUCCUUUAUUCAAUUGAGUGAACUUUUCGAAGAUCUGCGCUUUCCCGAGGCUUUGCUUGCGUACAUUACGGACCAACUCCUGUUUUAUGCUAUUUCCAAUAAAAGGCUGUUUACCGAAAGUAUCCGAAAGCUCAUCUUGGCUGAUGAAGCCGCUCAAGGUUCCUUGGAAAUCACAAAGAAGGAAAUUCAGAUCUACUUGCGCUUCCUCGAAUGGUUCUUCAUGACUAAUCGGACAUUUACUAUAAAAUACAGCGAUCACAAAAUCGACAAGAUCUGUUUUCUUUAUCUUUCUAUUGAUGACACGGCCAUUGCUCAAUCCGCUUCCAGAACUCUUAAAUGGAGAAAUGAAUCAAUUUGUGGCGAUAAAGUUAUGGUCCACUUUCUCUGGGAGAUGAUUUUCUUAAUGUUGAAGACGAAGGAGUCUUCCCUGAUCUCUUUCGCAUACAUUUUCUGGCUUAGAUUCUUCAAUUAUUUUGGAGUUGAUCGUUUACGCGAUCAAUCUUCAGAGUUUCAGAAGCUCAUGUCCUCUGCAAACUACUGGGAAUGUCUUAGGAACGGCCUAAUUAGCUUUGUUCACGAGCAGAGAAAGUUUUCUUUGGUUUUGGUUCAACUUUCCGUACAAUCUCUUUCUGUUGACCUUUCUCUAUUCGUGAUGAAGUGGGAUGUCAAACACAGGGAAAAGUAUUUACUGAGCUGGAAAAUAUUCUUUACUUUAUAUGAGAUUCUUGGUAUUGACACUUCUAUGAACCAAGUAGAAGCAGCAUCGAAUGAUCUUGUGAGGAUUUUAUCGCCUGAAUCGAAUAUACCUGUAUCAUUUGCUUUAGCUAUCCUUUCUGUUGGUUUCAGAGCUCCUACCGAUAGAGUGAAACGCUUUGCAUUGGAGUUGGCUUACUCCCUUCCUGAACCCAGUUUGCGCUUGUUCAAGUAUGACUUCAGCUUUCUUACUGGCAUGUUCUUGCCAUUUGCCAUGAGCGCAUCUUUCUUCACUGUCCAGAAAGUAAAUGAUGUGGAGUUUGAAUGCGCAUAUGGCGAUCGAAUCUCGGCAUUUGUAUGCAAGUGUGUUGAAUCAAUUGAUGAUCAGAAAAGUCAGUCUGAACUGGUUUGUAGUGUUCUGAAACUUCUAGUUUCGAGUGAGGCAAGCUAUCAACCUGCAAGGGUCUAUGUCGCCUAUGGCCUUUUGCGAGGAUUACAAAAGCUUAAUAUCCGUUGCAUUACCGUCGAUAUGCUUGAUCUUCUGUAUUCUCUAUUUCAAAAUCAUGCAGAAUCCGCUAUUUGGCAGAAAAUGCUCCAAACUUUGCAUUUGAAAAUGCUGCUCCAUUUGGAUACCAAAUCUAUAAACUUGCCAACUCUUCUUACCAUUAUUGGUUCUCAUAUCAAGUUCAAUGGUUUCGAGAUCUACUCGGAGAACGAGGAGUUUUUCCUUGAUUGGCAGAGAAUUACAAGUCAGAUGAUGUACUCGAGUUUUAUAAAUCAGAUGAGACCCGCCAACUUGAGCUUCCUGCGUUCAUUAUUUUGA